UCCGCGUCCGAGGUCGCCGGAGCUGCCAAAGAGAAGGCGGCCCAAGCCACAAGCAAGGCCUCCGAGGGUCUCUCCAGGGUCACUAGCAGCGCAGGCAGUGCGUUACUGAAGGCUGGGACAAGUGCUGGCAAUGCGCUGGGCAAGAUUGGUGGACGGACAGGACGCGCGAUUGGCUUCGUGCAGUCAUUGAUACCUCCUACGAUAUACUACUCAAAAGUCGGCCUCGAACUCGGCAAGUUGGUCUUCGAAGCACGGAAAAUGAACCCUCCAUCCGUGGCCACUUUCCAAUCCUACUUCCAACCCGUCCUAUCCGUCGCCCGCAACCCGUCGUCCAUAUCCUCGUACACCGCCGCCCUGAACCCCUCCUCCAUCCUCAACCGCGCCCGAAACCUCAGCACCGCGCAAUACGCGUCCGCGGCCGUCGUCACAGCCGAGGCCAUCGGCUUCUUCUCCGUCGGCGAGAUGAUCGGGCGGUUCAAGGUGGUUGGAUACAGGUCAAGC